AUGUUUUUUAAAAUUCGAAAAUCGAUUUUUAAGAGUAAAUAUUCCCAUUUUCAAUUUCUAGAAAUUGCGAUUGAGAUGGGAAACACUAACGGCCGCCGUCAAUGUGAAGAGCUUGAAAGAGAAGCUUUGGGAUUGUCAGAGAACGACGAAAGUGAUUCGUCGCUUUCAAUAGAUAGAGAGCCAAAAACACCAACUUUUUGGAGGAAAAAAAGAUCAAAUUCGACGACUUUGUUCAACUCAAAAUGCUCGAAGAAAAGAAAAAAUUCACUUGACUGCAGAAUAACCAAUUCAGACUUUUUUAGCCAGACCAAAGGCGUUUUAAUCCCAUCACCAACAUCUUCAUGUUCUUUAGAAGAAAGUCCAAAAAAUAAACACAGUGAGUCUCCAAUCAGAAUUGACAAAGAACUCGACAACUCGUUCAAUUUCUUGGAACAAAUUGGAAACUGGACAAAUUCUAAAACGUUUAGUUUGAUCUAUUAUAAUAGACAAGAAGAGUUUUCAUCAAGAGAAUUAAACAACAAAAUAUGUGGGAAGUCCAAUUUGUGUUUUCUCAUCACUACAGAGUCUAAUAAGGUCUUUGGAUGUUACUGCGCUGACAUAGUUCCUUUACCCCAAUACAUCAACACCAAACUUACGAACCAAAAGACAUUCUUCUUGUUUUCGUUGUCACAUAUUUAUUCUACUCGACUAUUCCCAAAGACUCAAAAUUCAAUUAUUAUUCAUCCUAACAAUGAAAAGUCUUUUGUUUUCUCGGUGUUCUCUGCGUUUUGGAUAUUACAAGACCAAACAAUUCACUUUCACAAACAUCUCAAAUUACAUUACUCGAUACCCGAUGAAAUUUUUUCACCAUUUUCUUCAUUUAACUUUAAGUUGAAAAUUAAGAGCUUUGUGGUCUUGCAAUGUGAAGUGUAA